AUGCCAAACACAUUAAACAAGUCGUCUUUGGAGGAAUUCGUAUGGAAGCCAGAUCUGUUCAAAGAUAAGGUUGCUUUCAUUACAGGUGGUGCAGGUUCAAUCUGUAGGGUCCAGGCUGAAUUGUUGGUUCUGCUAGGCGCAAAGGCCGCACUUAUUGGUAGAAAUGCCGAAAAAACCGAGAAGGCAGCUUUAGAAGUUGAUCAGCUUAGUCACGAGCCUGGGAGUGUUUUAGGCAUCGGUAAUGUCGAUGUUAGGAAUGUUCAGCAAUUGAAGGCUGCUAUAGACAAAACUGUGGAGCGGUUUGGGCGCAUUGACUAUGUUAUAGCAGGUGCGGCAGGCAAUUUCAUUGCUGAUAUGACGAAUCUAUCUGCAAAGGCUUUCAAAGCGGUUGUAGAUAUUGACUUGCUUGGUAGUUACAAUACCGUGAAGGCUGCACUUCCAGAACUGGUGAAGUCGAAGGGAUCGGUGAUUUUUGUAUCUGCAACUCUGCACUAUACCGGGACUCCAUUCCAAAUCCAUGUAUCUGCGGCAAAAGCAGGCGUUGACGCCCUAGCCCGUGCUCUAGCAGUCGAAUUGGGCCCUCUGGGAAUCCGGGUGAAUUGCAUUGCUCCGGGAAUAAUUGGUAACAGCGAGGGACUGUCCAGAUUGUCGUUUGGAACUAAACCUGAAGAAUACACCAAGAGGGUGCCACUACAACGGGUAGGUAGCACAAAGGACAUUGCCAAUGCUACUGUCUACCUGUUUUCGCAAGCUGCGGACUAUGUCACUGGUACUAUUGAAGUUGUAGACGGAGGUGCAUGGAACCUUGGGACUGUAAUGGGAUCGCUCCCUUACCCUGAUCUCCUACUUUCGCACCAGAAGAUAAAUUCUAAAUUGUGA